UCCCACAAGAAAACUGGAAUAAAGAAGGAAAAAAAAAACAGAAAACAGAAAAUAAGUGUAAAAAGACUCAAAAAGUAAAAAUUAGAAGUCUUCAAACACUCCUCUCUCUAUUUCGUUCUGUCUCUCUCUUCUAGGGUUUCAGAAUCGAUCUCAAUCGAACUCCAAAAAACUCAAAAAUUCAAUAUGGAAGGUGAUGGGAAAUUGGAGGCCCAAAUAGAAGCGCUUUUGAACGUAGAGAAGCAGAUGAGGCAAGCUGGAGAUGUUGCCGGAACUAGAAAAGCGGCUACCGAUAUUCUUCAUCUUUGCUUCGAAGCUCGUGCUUGGAAUACUUUAAAUGAACAGAUUGUUCUCUUGUCUAAGCGCCGUGGUCAAUUGAAACAGGCUGUACAGGCCAUGGUCCAACAAGCAAUGCAGUAUAUUGACCAGACACCAGAUCUUGACACUAAGAUAGAGCUCAUCAAGACGCUUAACAAUGUGUCUGCCGGAAAGAUAUAUGUCGAAAUUGAGAGAGCUCGCUUGAUUAAGAAACUCGCCAAGAUUAACGAAGAACAAGGAAAAAUAGCCGAGGCUGCUGAUUUGAUGCAAGAAGUUGCGGUUGAAACUUUUGGGGCGAUGGCAAAAACUGAGAAGAUAGCCUUCAUUCUUGAACAAGUUCGUCUAUGCUUAGAUCGUCAAGAUUAUGUUCGUGCUCAAAUACUCUCAAGAAAGAUCAAUCCCAGAGUGUUUGAAGCUGAUCCCUCUAAGGAAAAGAAGAAACCAAAGGAGGGUGAAAAUGUGGUUGAGGAGCCUGCUGCAGAUAUUCCAUCACUAUUAGAGUUGAAGCAAAUCUACUAUCAAUUAAUGAUUAGGUAUUACUCACAUAGCAACGAUUACCUUGAAAUAUGUCGUUGUUAUAAGGCUAUAUAUGAGAUCCCUUCUGUGAAAGAAGACCCAGCACAGUGGAUACCGGUUCUGAGGAAAAUUUGCUGGUAUUUGGUAUUAUCUCCCCAUGAUCCUAUGCAAUCAAGUCUUCAUAACUCAACUUUGGAGGACAAGAAUCUUUCAGAAAUCCCUCAUUUCAGGCUGCUUUUGAAGCAAUUGAUUACCAUGGAGGUCAUUCAAUGGACUGCUUUAUGGAAUACUUUCAAGGAUGAGUUUGAAAAUGAAAAGAAUAUGCCUGGUGGCACUUUGGGUGACAAGGCUGCCGAAGAUCUCAGACUGAGAGUUAUAGAGCAUAACAUCCUUGUCGUCUCAAAAUACUACUCGAGAAUAACUUUGAAGAGACUGGCAGAUUUAUUGUGCCUCAGUAUCCAGGAAACCGAGAAGCAUCUAUCUGAAAUGGUUGUAUCAAAAGCAUUGGUUGCUAAGAUUGACAGACCUAUGGGUGUAGUCUGUUUCCAACCGGCAAAAGACAGCAAUGACAUCUUGAAUUCAUGGGCUUUUAAUUUGGAGAAGCUGCUUGACCUUGUAGAGAAGAGUUGCCACCAAAUCCACAAAGAAACAAUGGUACACAAAGCUGCAUUAAAGGCUUGAAAGACUAAUCAGACUCUACAGUCUGGGUUGCUCUAUUUUAAGGACUAGCAGCAGGAACAAAAACUUGCAAUCAACCUUGCCCCCUGCUAUCAUGAUCUGCCUGCUUGCUUUUCUCGGUGUCAGGGCUUCGACUUUCUUCCCCCAUUUACCCUUUUGUAUCUUUAGCAAUGUUUUCUCUGCAUGAUUUAUUCAUUGAGAUCAACAAAAUUCAGGUUUGAUGCUAAAAGAUCUCAAGUUCUUUAAUGUUUAUUUACUCUGUUAUUUAUCACAUUCAGAGGACCGGAGAAAGAGAGCCAUGGUUUUAUUUGAAAA